AUGCUGGCCUCAGCCGAGCUCUGUGCCAGGCACUGUGCCAGGCACUGCUCUCUGUAUAGUCACUGCUGGCAGGGAACGGCAAAAAAAGAAGGAAAGCAGGAGGACAAACGUAAAGAAUUCCGCUCAGAGGAUUCGGAGCUCUCUCCACGCCCGGCCUGGCCUCCCUCAGGCCCUUCCCAGCCGGGGGUGCUAUCGGCCCGCGGCUGCCGGCGCUCUGAGGGCGCUCAGAUCCGCCAUGGCUCCCUCACACGCUGCCCAACCGAGCGCGGCUCCAGGCGGGAUCCGGGCUCUGAGGGGACUCCCGGCGGGAUCCGGGCUCUGAGGGCGCUCAGAUCCGCCAUGGCCCCCUCACGCUGCCCACCCGAGCGCGGCUCCAGGCGGGAUCCGGGCUCUGAGGGGACUCCCGGCGGGAUCCGGGCUCUGAGGGCGCUCCCGUCCGCCCAGCUUCCCUCAGGGCGCUCGGGCUCUGAGCAUGCGGCGGCCACGGCUCCGCCCAGGCCGGGACAGCGCAGGGACAGCCCGGGCGCCAUGGAGCGGUUCGGGGAGCGGCUCGGGGAGCGCUCAGCGGCCCGGCUGGACACCAUCCUGCGGCACCUGUCCCCGCGGCUGGGAGCAGCCCCGGCUCCUAUAAGYGUUCCUACUUCAGCCCAAGUCAGUGUUGUUCCUCAUUCAGGGAGGUUUCGCUACACCCUGGACAACAAUCUCCUGACCACAGAGCAGAGGCAGUUCUACGAAGACAAUGGRUACCUGCUCAUCAAGAAGCUUGUUUCUGAUGAGGACAUUGAGCGCUUCAGGAAGGAGUUCACGAGGAUUUGUAAAAGAGAGGUGAAGCCACCAGGAGUUAUGAUUAUGAAAAAUGAAUCUCUGAGAUCCCAGUUUGGUCARUCUGAAAAAGUGGUUAAUAAAGUGCAGGACUUCCAGGAAGAUGAAGAGCUGUUCAGAUACUGCACUCUGCCUGAGGUCCUCAAAUACGUUGAGUGCUUCACAGGGCCAAACAUCAUGGCAAUGCACACCAUGCUGAUAAAUAAACUUCCAGAUUCUGACAAACAGACUUUCCUGCACCCCAUGCACCAGGACCUGCACUAUUUCCCGUUCCGGCCUGCGUCCCGCAUUGUGUGUGCCUGGACCGCCAUGGAGCGGGCUCACGAGGAUAAUGGCUGCCUGGUCGUKCAGCCAGGGACACACAAGACAACCCUGAAGCCUCAUGGUUAUCCAGAGUUGGAGGGUAAAACAAACAAACUUUUCCAUGGGCUGCUUGAAGAGGAUGAUAAGAUUCCCAAGGUUCACCUUGUCAUGGAGAARGGAGACACAGUGUUCUUCCAUCCCCUGCUCAUUCAUGGCUCUGGGAUAAACAGGACAUCAGGUUUCAGAAAGAGCAUCAGCUGCCACUUCGCCAGCUCUGACUGUCACUACAUUGAUGUCAAGAACACGACUCAGGAGCACCUGGAGAAGGAGYUGGAGGAAAUGGUUCGCAAGAAAUACAAUUCAAUUUCUGUGGAGCUCAAGGAUAUUUGGAACUUCCGAGCACGGCUUGUGCAAGGGGAAAGAAUUAACCUGUAGAAGACCCUGUGAAGAGCAGGAUGGAAAACACAGGYCUGAGAAUGAGCUUCUCUGAGGGUAGAGCACAGACCCUGCCUGAGCAGGCUGAAUUUCCUGUGCUUUGUUGACCUCUGUAAUGGUAACUUAGCCAAAUGCUGCAUCGCAAAAUCGUUUUAUGCUAAUUCAGAAUAAUUGCACUGAGGUUGGUCAGCUGAUGUACAUCAAAGGAAACCUAACCUAGAAAAACAGAUUUGCUGUGGGUGUCUUAGACAAUUGAAGAAUUAAGGUCUUGAAAGAGCACCUUGAUUUUCUUGGUGUUUUCAUUCUUUCUUAAAAGUUUCUCACAUUACACAUCUUUAGAAAUAUGCUUAACAAUGUAAGAUUUUAUGCAAGAUUUUCUGGAAUUUCCAACUCCCUUUCCUAUGAAAAAAAAGAAAAAAAUAAAAAAAAAAUCAGAGUUUCAAACAAGCCCUCAGUGACAUAGAGUUGCUGGUGUAGCUGAUGAAGAUGUGGGUAUUGGUACCAGCAGAGUCAACUGUCUAAGGGAGUGGAUAAAGAGAAAGCAGCAACCACUCACAGAGAAAAAUAGGAUUUAGGAGGAGGAAUAUGAUUGCUGGUAGAGUUCCUCAGGCAUGGCUUGGUGUGG